AUGGCAUUGGCUGAGACUUUUUCUAGGAAGAUCCAUAAGCUUGGAAUAAUACCGAAAUUAGUCAAAUUUCUUCCAAUAUUUUCACUCUUACUAGCAUUCGCAUCCGUUGGUUGGCUAUUAGUUCUCCCGAUUGAGGGCCAAUACCGUCGAACAUACAUCUCCGAGAAUGCUUUAAUGCCUGCACAAGCUAAUUCCUACUUUAGAGAGCUGGAGUGGAACAUUGUAAGAGGAUACCGUCAAGAAGUUAAAGAUUUUGCUCACUGGAAUCAGCUGGCCAGAAAUUCCAUGGUUGCUAGUUGGCUACAAGACAUUGGGUUGAAGACCGCUGUAGAUGCCGAAUUUGGUACUCUUUAUGCCGUGAUGAAUGCCCCUAGAGGUGAUCACACGGAACUGGUGGUUGUUGCCGUGCCUUGGAUGACCUCUGAUAUGCAAUAUAACGAAGGUGGAGUUGCUUUGGCAGUUGCUUUGACCAGAUACUUUUCCAAGUUGUCAAUAUGGUCAAAGAAUAUCAUACUUGUAUUCCCCGAAAAUGGCCACUUGCCCUUGAGGAAGUGGGUCGAGGGAUACCAUACUUCUUUAGACUUUUUAACUGCUGGGUCGAUCGAUGCGGCAAUCGUAAUGGAAUUUGGUGGACUGCUGGACUACUUCGAGUUUUACGAAAUUGAAUACGAGGGCAUUAACGGACAAUUGCCCAACUUAGAUCUUAUGAAUACUGCCAAUUUGAUUGGAUAUCAUGAAGGUUUGAAAUAUCUGAUCCAUGGGACAAAAGUUGACGAUAAUAGCUACUUUCUCAGAUUACGUACAUUAAUCCGUGGAAUAAUCAAAUUAACCCUUACAGGUUUAAUAAACCCUGGUACAGUGUCCGGAUGUGAGUCUUUUUCUGGUUGGCAGAUUCAAGCGAUAACCAUCAAGGCACGUGGAACACAAGGAGCUCCAGACAUUACUCAAUUUGGUCGUAUAGUUGAUCUGACUUUAAGAUCGGUCAAUAAUUUAUUGGAAAGAUUCCACCAAUCGUUUUUCUUUUAUUUGAUGCUCCUGCCCCAGUAUUUUGUCUCAAUUGGAACAUACUUACCCCUGGCUUGCUUGAUCGCAGUUCUGUUCGCCCUCCUGUCUUUAGGUUGUGUCUUGAACUCUGGUAUUGAAUUGGACAUUGGUUCCAUCUUGAGUUGGUUUACUGGGAUUGAAACCGCAUGCUACGUCUUGAGUGUGAUUUUACCAUAUGCUGUGUCAAAGACUAGCAAGGCAUCUUAUUCAGGUAAUACAUUCUCUGGAACUCUUGGAUCUUCCAGUGCAGAUACUAGCGACUCGACAACAUUUACUGAUGAACUCCAGGCUUCAACAUUCAUUCUUUACUUUUUCACAUUGCUCACAGUAUUUGUUAGUGUGAUUCCAUUUUUCAAUAAAACUAACAGGAAAUUUAUCAAACUUUCUAAGAACACUACGUUCCUGUUGCUUGCAUUUGCUCUUUUCUACAUUGCCAUGUUAAUUUUUGCCUUGUUGACCGUUCAUUUUACCUUGGCGCUCAGUAUUGGAUUGUUAGCGUUACCAAUGACUUGGAUCCAGCCCAUUGCCAAAGAUAUUGGACAAUUCAGAAUUCCAUCGGUGGGAAGUCAUGCUACCAAGAAAGAAGAUCCAAUUUCUAAAAUUGUAAUGUUUGUUGACUCACACAAGAGCACCCUUAAAAUAUGUUUGUGUCUCUUUACGUCUUCACCAUUCUUUAUAAUCUAUAUCGUGGGUAAUUACUUUGGCACUGAAAAUAAUGAUGGUGCUUUACUUUUAAUGAGAGGGUUACUUACAUCAUGGGAUCAACUUCAAUGUUGGACAUGGUUUGUGGUCAUACUUGGAUGGUUCCCAGCGUGGGUGAGUUGUGGAAUUGUGUGUGCAAUUGGUGACUUGGAACAAUUACCAUUGAAAGAUGAGGUGGAUAAAAAGAAGAAAAACGAAUAA